UCACUUCGUUCAACUAGUAUUGUCCUGGCUUUGGUCGAACGUUUGCGAAAUUUGACGUGUGUUUUCACCAAGGAGACAUGCGCAAUGUGCAAAUGGCCCUGUUGGAGGUUGUGCGCGAAUUUGAGGUGUGUUUUCACCAAUGACGCAGGCGUAAUGUGCAAAUGGAAUUUUUGGAGUUUGUGCACGCUAGAGAACGCGGUCCUGCUCGAGUUGUGCGGAAUGACUCUGAGAAGCCGGAGCUGGACGAUAUUCCAGAGGAUGUGCCGGAGGAGCAUCCAAUGGCGGUCGCCGAAAAUGGCAAUGGGGCGAAUGAGGAAGAGGAAGAAUCAGAAAUUGAAUCGGACGACUCUGAUGACGAUAUCAAGGUGACUAUACGCGACAUCCAGGCAACCAAUUACAUGGCACCAGCAGCAGCGUCUCUCCAGCGAGCUGCGCGCACUAGCGUGCAAAGCGUCACUGCACCCGUGACGGUUGUGCCCACUCCUGCGCCACAGCCUGCUAAGGGUCUGGACGUGGAUGCCGUGGGCAAGAUCAAUGGCGUGUCCACGUACGAAUUUGACCUGGACUCGGUUGAUGACAAGCCCUGGAGGAAACCCGGUGCCGACAUCACUGACUACUUCAACUAUGGAUUCACUGAGGACACGUGGAAGCAGUACUGCGAGAAGCAGAGACGCCUGCGCAUCGACAACGUUCCCACUCAGCUGCCGAAGAAGGGCUACGAAGUGCGAGAAAUGAAAUCCGUUGGCCAUACAGGCGGCAGCAGCAAUCGGACAGACAAGGGGUAUCAUCAUCAUCAUCAUCAUCCCCACCAUCACCAUCACCGUGCUGAUGCACAUGAUGAGAAUGACGGUCGUCAUACACCGGAGGAAAUCAGAGACGCUGUGCUGCCACCAGUGGCCGAAGUUGCUGAGCGUUACGGUAUCAAACUGCCUGAGUCCAUCGCCCCACCGCCACCGCCUACAUCGCGCCCGAGCGCCCCUCCAAGUAUGCCUCCGAUAAGGCCGCCGUCCACGGUGGGAGCACCUCCGUUCCUGCCACCACAGGCCAUGGCCGCUCUCGGCUUUCCUCCGCCGGGUGCCAUGUUACCUGGCGGUCCACCUCGCCAACCACCACCGUUCGGCCUGCCUCCGCCGCUGGGCGCCGCUGGCAGAGUUCCCCGCCUUCCCCUUCCGCCUGGAAUCCGCCACAACUUGCCCCCGCUCCCUGGUCUGCCGCCGUUUGAUGGGACACUUCCUUUACCUCCAGGACUGCCACCAAAAUUGCCCGCUGAUAGUAGCCGGUCGGAAGGUACUGGUGGUACUGAUGGUGGCCCUUCAGAGGUCCACCUGGACAGACCGCCUUUGUUCCCUGGAGAUGGUAAUCCUUUCCCUGGUGCAGAUGGUCUUCGGCCGCCUCCAGGUUUCGAGGGUGCGUUCACUGGUGACAUGAGUCUGGGUGAAGCGUUCGCAGCCCUUGCUGGUCGCCGCGCGGCCGCAAGUCGUAGUCGCAGUCGUUCGCCGCCCCCGUACGGCGGUGGCGGUCCCAGUCGCAGUCGGUCACCAUCACGUCCCCGCUCCCUGUCUCGAACCCCAUCGCCGGGCAGUGGCGUGGAGGACGAUCGAGCGUACGACCGGUCCUACCGCGAGUCGCGGCGAGCGGACCGCGACUACCAUCGGCACCAUCGCACAGAGUACAUCGACGUCCGCAAUCGUCGCGAUCGGGACUACCGCGAUCGGGAGCGAGAACGCGACAUGCGGGAGCGUGAGAGAGAGCACGAGGCGCGCAGGCGGUACGAGCGGGAUCGGCGUGACGAGAAGGAGCGUGACCGGCACCGCGACAGAGAGAGAUACGAGCGUGAGGAGCGUGAUCGUCGUGAUCGUGACCGCCGUGAAGAAGAACGUGUCCGAGAGGAACGCGAGCGCGAGGAAAGGAGCCGCCAUGAAGAGAAGGAAAAGGAGAAGGAGCGUGAGCGAGCAGAGAGGGCCGAGAGGAGUGAGAGGGAGGAGCGUGACCGUCGUGAAGAGAGCAAGCGUGAUGACGACAAGCGUAGAGAUAGGAAACGCCGUCGUAGCACCACACCUGCCGUUGAAGAGGUUCAGCCUCGCCGGCACAAACGCUCCAAAGCAACGAAGGAGAAGGCUUGAUCAGCAGGCCGGAUCAUACCAAUGUCUUUGUACAUAGCUGCCUGCAUUACUCUAUUGUCAUCAUUGUCUCCUCUGUCUUUAAACUGCUCGUCUCUCUGCCGUCUCUGACCGUCCUGGAUCUGUCCUGUAUCUUUUUUUCGCUACCUUUAAAUAAUGUUGCAUUGAAACGUCUUGUGGUUGGUGGGUAAUUUUUGUCGUGCCGGCCCUUGAAAUACAUACCCCUAGAAUUUAUAGCUGGCAGUGUGUGGCGGCGUGUGCAUGCUUCAGUGCCAGCAGCACAGGGAUAUGAAUGGCCGGCUAUGAGCAAUGACAAGUGCCUCUUUUUUUAGCCCUGCCAUCGUGGACUUGGGUAACUGUUUGCCAUACUACUGUCUGCUUCUUUCUCUUUUUCUCCUCCUUGUAUACAGUAGUAAGUCGUAAAAAUAGGAUUUCAGCCAGAAGAUGGAUUUUGUCAAGGCCCCACAUGCACAGUCAA